CGUAUGACAGACAGUACAUACCACCAUCUACACAUAGUAUAGCAUUUCCAGACGAACGUCUCAGUUCAGUCCAGAAGUGAAUAAUCUGUCUGUUAGUGGAAUUAAAGGUUCGCGUCUUCCACAACUAAGUUCGUCGCGUAAAACUGCAAUAUUGGUGCGCUGUGUUUGCGUAAACGCAUCGUAGAUAGUGAACCUACGCAUCAGUCUGCGGGAAAAGGAACAGACGAUGCAUUAGUGCACAGGGGUAGUAAUAUCGUAUCGAAUAGACGUCGUCGUCGUCGUCGUCGUUUCUUUCAUGUCUACAUCGAUGUCUGGUGCAGCCGUCGGAAUCGUAAAUAUUAUCGGUCCAUUUGCCGUUCCAAGUCGGGUGCGAGCUCUGUCGCCGGAGUGAAGAAGACAUUGACUACAUCGAGCGAGAAGUGAUCGGAAUAAAUUUUUUGUGCGGGUGAAGCAGGGGAAUGUGAGGCGCCUACAGGCGUACGCAGAGUAGAAACGCCAAAGCGAUUCGAAAAUAAGCGAUUUUCUGUGAUUUGGUGUGCAUAUUGUGGAGUGAUCGCCCCGACUCAUUGAUCGUCCCGGAUAUACGAGAUGACGGCGGUCCAAGUGUUCAAGUGCUGCAAAUUUAGUGGAAGCAACAAAUAAGAGGCUAAUGUUAGACUGCCAGGAAUGCGCUGUAGUUCAUUCCGAUUUGUGAUUGAUGUUUCGUCUAAACAACCAUCGUCGGAGGUUCAUGUGAAGAAGGAAGUUUACCAGCUGUGACUAACAACUGUCCUGAAAACAAGGAAACGGAAUAGGAUUCGAGUCAACUUUCCUGGAUAUGAUCCAGCGACGGGGGAAUUGCUGAAGAAAUUUGAUCGUUCCGAGUAGUGCGAGCCAAAAACAAGAAUGCGCACUAUUCUAUUCAUAGCAGCGAUUCUCGCGAUAUCUACCGCCACAUUGGAGGCGUCCCUCAGCCCAAGCCACACGAAAACCGGGCUGGUUUGCGAAACGUAUGAAUGCAAGGACGGUGACUGCACCACCGGUAGGGAGGCAUGCGAAGACGGCGAUUCUGACAAACCCAUGGGAUGCUUCGUCGUGUGGAGCACCAACAAUGUGACCAGCGAAGUCAAGGUAACGAUGAAGGGGUGCUUCAGCAACCCGAACGACUGCAACCGGACGGAAUGCAUCGACACCACCAUGGGCACGAAGAACAACCUAAACUACUGCUGCUGCAAGGUUAACAUGUGCAAUCAAGAAUACCGUUGGGCGCCAAAUGUGACCGUUCCGCCUGACCCAGUGGUUCCCGUGCAGCAAGAGUCGACCAACAUUUGGCUCGUGUGUGCUUUUGUAACAGUAUUUCUUGUCGCGGCCGGGGUGCUUGUGAUAUUCUUCGUAAAACGUCGGAAGCAAUCCAUGUUUAACGAGAUACCGACGAUUGAACCGGAGAUCACCAGCUCCUCGCCGAACAUCGCUCUGCGACCUAUUCAGCUAGUCGAUCUGAAAGCCCGAGGACGAUUCGGUGUAGUUUGGAAGGCUCAACUAACAUCUCAGGAGGUGGCGGUCAAGAUAUUCCCUUUGCAGGAAAAACAGUCCUGGCUAACGGAGCAGGAAAUUUUCAAGCUCCCUCGGAUGAACCACCCGAACAUUCUGCAGUUCAUCGGGUGCGAAAAGCGUGCAGAGGAGACCAACACGGACUUUUGGCUGAUAACGGCGUACUGCAGCCAUGGUUCGUUGUGCGACUAUCUGAAGUCUCACACGGUGACGUGGCCGGAGCUUUGCCGGAUUGCCGAGACUAUGUCGCGCGGGUUGAUGCAUCUUCACGAGGAAAUUCAGGGAAGCAAAACAGAUGGGCUUAAACCGUCAAUCGCUCACCGUGACUUUAAGAGCAAGAACGUUCUGCUGAAAAAUGACUUGACGGCAUGCAUUGCAGAUUUUGGGCUGGCAUUGAUUUUUACACCAGGCAAACCUUGCGGCGAUACCCACGGUCAGGUUGGAACCCGCCGUUACAUGGCACCAGAGAUUUUGGAAGGCGCCAUCAAUUUCACGAGGGAUGCGUUCCUUCGCAUCGAUGUCUACGCUUGUGGUCUGGUCCUUUGGGAAUUGGUUUCACGUUGUACGGCGCACGGCGGGAUUGUGGACGAGUAUCGUUUGCCUUUCGAAGCAGACCUUGGCUCACAUCCAACACUAGAGGAAAUGCAGGAAAAUGUUGUUACAAAGAAGUUGCGGCCAAGGAUAAACGAGCACUGGAGGAAUCAUAAUGGUCUCAACGCGAUAUGCGACACGAUGGAGGAAUGUUGGGACCACGACGCCGAAGCGCGUCUCUCGUCGUCGUGCGUGAUGGAGCGCGUUUCGCAGCACAGCCGGUACCAGGCGAGCACGCCGCUUCUGAUCGAAACCAACACCACCAACGACCUGCCCCCGAAGGUUGCUUCGGAAAGUGUGUAAGCGACGCGCGCGAGCCACUUCGCAAUCAAGAUAGAGAUUCAGUUUGACUUCCGGAUGCAAAACCUAGUGCGACGUAUUCCCAUCCCAUUGAAACCUACAAAUUAUUGUAAGACUAAGAUUAUGAUUUCUUGAAUGUCGAUUAUUAGCCCAUUCUUUUAACUUGAGCGUUAACUAUUGGAAGUUUUUUUUUCGUAGUUUUUAAGCAACUCUUUAUCAACAAAGUGAACAAGCAUUAUACGAUUUUGAACGAUCGUGCAAGGAUUUAUAAACUAAGUGCAACAUUUCGAUUAAUAGCUAAGUGGAAAGCACACAGUAGGAGUGUUGGUCGAUUGUCGACAAGGAAUGAGGCCUUUCCCGGUUUUGUAAAAUGGAUCGGAAGAAAUUUAAAAUUUUAACUUGAAUUAAGUUCUUUAACGACGGCCGGGUGAUUAUCCCGAGGAUAGCGCUUUGGUUCGAGAAUCGGAUCACAGUUGGACAGGGCCGAUUGAUUUAUGGAAACAUGUGUAAUAUACAUUUGCAUCUCAGUAAAUGAAGAGUUUUAUGGAUUAGUUCAUAUAAAUUAAGUCAACAUAACUUUCAUGCAUUCAGUUUUGAUAAAACAGGUAGGAAUUAGUUAGGUGCGUAGUAUGUACGACUAAUCCCAUAAUCAUUACAUCGCAUUGGUGUAAUUAUCAGUGAGUGAAUGAGAUAUAUUUUUAUAAAUAACAAUUUUCCUCCGAUACUGUACUUGUAUGCCAUGCCAUGAUUAGUUCAAUAAAGGUUGAUCUGUAUUUGCUGCUACGAA